GAUAAUUUUGAAAGAACGUUAAAAGACUUGGAAACGAGGAUUAAGGAAUUAGAGCAAAGUAACGAAGGGUUACGUUCGCAAUUCAAAUAUUUGGAAGAAAAAGUUAAAGAGCGAGAAGAUAAUUUAGAAGAAAAGAUUAGAGAAC